AUGCCUUCCCACGAGAACAUCGAGUUCCGCACGCUGGACAACACAGUCCUGCGAGGCUGUCUAUUCCCUGCAGCCCAGCGAGGUCCAGGAAUCAUCAUGACGCCCGGCUUCAACGCAACCAAAGAGAUGCUCGGCCUCCCCACAACAGCCGCAUCCUUCCAACGCGCCGGCAUCACAGCCCUAACCUACGACCCGCGCGGUGUCGGUCUCAGCGACGGCACGCCGCGCAACGACAUCAACCCCUUCCAAUGCGUCGACGACCUCUCCGACGCCCUCACCUUCCUCCUCUCGCACCCAGCCAUCGACCGCACCCAAGGCGUCGGCCUCUGGGGCAUGUCCCUCGGCGCGAGCAUCGCGCUCGUGACCUCCGCCGUGGACCCGCGCGCGCGCUUCACCGUCGCCGUGUGCCCCGUCGUCGGGGCCACGCAGAACCUGCCCAAGCUGUCCGGCGUGCUCGCCAAAGCCGCGCAGGACCGCGAGUCCCGCCUCAAGGGCAACGCGCCCUUCUACGUGCCCAUGCUCACGAAGACGGGCGAGAACCCAGCCGGGUUUAACCUGGGUUUUGAGCGCGCCGUCGCCAUGCGCCUGCUCAAUGCCCAGGACGUGAACGACCCGCUCAGGGCGGAGCUGGCGCCUAACCAUGUCAACCGCACGACUGUCGGCACGUAUCGGAAUAUGCUGCUCUGGGAGCCCAGCCAUAUGUGGAAGUAUCUGGCGCGCCCGGUGCUGUUUGUUCUGGCGGAGCGGGAUGCGGUUGUCGGGACUGAGACGCAGAAGAGGCAUUUUGAGAUGUUGACGGCGGAUAAGGAGUUGUAUGUGCAGAUGGGUGCGGUGCAUAUGGAUAUCUUGGAGGGGGUGCAUCAGGCAGAUGUUAAUCGGGUGCAGACGGAAUCUAUCACCAGUCUUCUUUCGAAACACCUACAUCGCAACCCCGAACCACAGCCCCAUUCCCAAAAGCACAUUCACCAGCAACUGAUGAAAUCCAACCCAAAGCGCAACGUUGACAUACUUUGGUGCGAGCACCGUCCACAGGACACCAUCAUCGCGCCACCACAGACACGACGCCAUCACGGCAAGGACACCGCACGCGGAAUAGAGUGUCUGGUAACGUCUCGACUUUUCGCUGCGGUUGUUGCGCUUAGGAGCCGCAGCCCAGCAAGCGACCACCAUACCGGGCCAAUCCAGUUACUUAGAAUGGUCUGGAGCGAGACGAGAAGGACAUUCUGCAUGCUGUCGGUGUGCGAGAUCCCGUUGUACCCGUUCAUCAUGUCAAGUGAGGCGAGGGAGUUGCUGCGGCCGCCGGAGAAGAAGGCGCUUUGGGCGAGGAGGAGGACCGUCAGUGAUAUUGUGGAGGCGUCUGAUUGA